AUGUCUCAACACACCACCCCACGUGACGAUGAGAAACCGACUGAAGACGCCCCUUUACCAGAGGCAAAGAAGGAGGAAAUUAUAGAAUAUCCAAGCAUUCAUAAGCGCAUUCUUAUUAUGACAGCGCUUCUUCUGUCUAUUUUUUUGGUCACCUUGGAUCAAAACAUUAUAUCAACCGCAAUCCCUCGAAUCACUGACGAGUUUCACUCUCUGGAUGACAUCGGAUGGUAUGGCAGCGCAUAUUUGCUUACCACAUGCAGCUUCCAGCUGCUCAUGGGAAGAAUAUACAAAUUUUACCCGGCUAAACCAGUCUUUCUCAUCGGCAUUAUACUCUUUGAGAUUGGCUCGGCGGUCUGUGGUGCGGCGCCAAACUCAAAUGCAUUCAUUGUUGGCCGCGCUAUUGCAGGAACUGGCACUUCGGGGAUGUUUUCAGGCUUGAUGGUGAUCAUGUUCCACACCAUCCCCCUGCAGCAUCGGCCAAUAUUCCAAGGGUUCUUCGGCGCGAUCUUUGCUCUGGGAUCUGUCAUCGGUCCUCUAGUCGGAGGCACUUUUACAGACAAAGUCACAUGGAGAUGGUGCUUUUACUUGAACUUGCCGAUUGGCGCCGUUACAAUCAUUGUCGCCAUCCUCAUUUUACACCUCCCCAACCAGAAGCUUGAUGAGCAGGCGACCGGAUGGAUUGGGCGGCUGAAACAGCUUGACCCUAUUGGCAAUCUCAUAUUCCUACCAGGGGUUGUUUGCCUAAUACUGGCCCUUCAAUGGGGUGGAGCACAGUACUCCUGGAAAAACGCUCGCAUCAUAGUCCUUCUCAUUCUUUGCGGCAUCCUCUGCUUCGCCUUUAUCAGCGUCCAGAUUUGGAAAGAUGAGAGUGCAAUGGUCCCCCCACGUCUUGUCAGGCAACGGAGCAUUGGCGCUUCGAUGUGGUGCAGCUUUUUCAACGGCGCUGGCAUGAUGGUCGUGAUGUAUUAUCUUCCCAUCUAUUUCCAGGCUAUCAAAGGUGCAACAGCUCUCAACUCUGGGAUUAUGCUACUCCCAAUGAUACUCUCGACUGUUGUGGGCUCUCUUUUCUCUGGGUUCUUGGUCGCCAAACUCGGUUACUAUACUCCAUUCUUCAUUCUCAGCUCGAUCAUUACCACCAUCGGGGCUGGUCUCUUCACGACAUUCACACCAAGCACAGGCCACGACAAGGAUUGGAUACCAAGUCCUACGGUUCUUGACAGAUCCGACAUCGCAACCGGAACCGCUGUUGUCACGUUCAUGCGCUUUCUUGGCCCCGCCAUAUUCCUACCUGUCGCCCAAAACAUUUUCCUCAGCCGGCUUAUCUCGAAGUUGGCCAACAUCCCGGGCAUCAGCGCGAAAACGGUUCUGGAUGGCGGUGCCACUGAUAUCAAGAGUCUUGCUACCGGCGACAAUCUAGAGAGGCUUAUUUCGGACUACAACGACUCAAUAGUUAGUGUGUUCUAUAUCGUGGUUGCUACCUGCAGUGUCACCAUCUUUGGGAGUGUCCUUGUGGAAUGGCGCAGCCUCAAAGCUCGUGCAGCCGAGCAAUCUGGUGAGACUGCUAAAAAGGAGGCCAGCUUGACAGAAGAAUCGGUUUAG